AUGACCAGUGAAACAGUCCUUAUCGCAAAACGUGAGUCAUUCAAAGGAUUGUGUACAAGAAUGUUCUUCGCCCAACCUGUAGUUUACGACAAAGCCAUGGGGAUCGGUUUUUAUUUUACAGGAGGUGUUUGUUCCGCUUACCGUGGAAUCGGGUGCCAAUCCGUUCAUCAUAAAUAUCGUCUUUGA